AUGGGUACAAUCAAUUUAUUAUCAAAUGAUUAUAGCGGUAAAAUAACACCCACUGAUUAUAUAAAUAAUAAUAAUAAUAAUAAUGAAGAUUCCAAAUCGGAUAAUAAUAAACAUCAGAGAGAUGAGAAAGAGGAAGAUAUAACAAAUGAAAAUGGACCAAUACGAAAAGUGUCUAAAAGAGAUGACGACAACAAGAGCAAUAAUAAUAAUAAUAAUAAUAAUAAUAUUAGCAUACUUGAACUUUCUCCAGAAGGUAAUAUAAUAACAUCCGAAAACAAUAAUAAUAAUAAUAACCAAAAGCCUGAAGAAAUAAAUGUAUUAGGCCAUAUGCAUACACAUAACAAAUCUUUACCUGCAUUCAACUUUACAAGAUUCUGUUAUAGACACAACCCAGAGAUUCAAAAUUCUCCAACACAUACUGCAUGUUAUAAUCAAGAUUUAAAGAAAGUCAAAGAGAUAAAUUAUCAAAUUUCUAAACUCCCGAUACAGGAACAAUCUGAGAUUCACCAUAUGAUAUCGAAAUUUAACAAAUCCAAUGAUAAAACAAGAAAAUUGAUAUUCGAUGGACUGCUUGCGUCAUCAUGUUUCCCACAACUAUCAUAUGUUUCCACCCAAGUACAAGAAAUGCUUAAAAUAGAUUUUAUUAGCAUAUUACCUAAAGAAUUAUCAUCUAAAAUAUUAAGUUAUCUUGAUUGUCAAUCACUUUGCAAUUCGAUGUUAGUGUGUCACAAAUGGAAUAAUUUAGCAAAUAACAAUAGAAUAUGGUACCACAUGUGUAAACAACAUAUCGAUAGAAAAUGUCCAAAUUGUGGUUGGGGGUUACCUCUACUACAAAUGAAGAAUAAUUUCCGUAAUCGUCAACGUAAGAAAGAAGAUCGAUUAAUUAAAAAUCCUUGGAAAGUAAUUUAUAGAGAUAGAUUUAAAGUUGAGAAAAAUUGGAGAAGAGGUAAUUUCACGAUCAAGGAUUUCAAGGGUCACAUGGAUGGGAUAUUAAGUUUACAACAUAAUUAUAAUUUACUGUUCACAGGAUCAUAUGAUUCCACCGUGGCCAUUUGGGAUAUACAUAGUGGUAAAUUGAUGAGAAGAUUACAAGGUCAUUCGGAUGGUGUUAAAGCAUUAUAUUUUGAUGAUCAAAAAUUGAUUACAGGAUCUUUGGAUAAGACUAUAAGAAUUUGGAAUUAUGUUACUGGUGAAUGCAUUUCCACAUAUAGAGGUCAUACAGAUAGUGUAAUGAGUGUUGAUUCUUUCAAAAAGAUAAUUGUAUCGGGUAGUGCUGAUAAGACAGUUAAAGUAUGGCACAUUGAGACAAGAACAUGCUAUACAUUAAGAGGUCAUACUGAGUGGGUUAACUGUGUUCGUUUGCAUCCUAAGAGUUUUAGUUGUUACAGUUGUAGUGAUGAUGGUACAAUCAGGAUGUGGGAUAUACGAACUAAUAGUUGCUUAAAAGUUUUCCGUGGUCAUGUUGGUCAAGUUCAAAAAGUCCUACCAUUAACUAUAAUAGAUAUUGAAAAUCUAGUUACAGAUAAGAAUAGUAAUGCAUGUACUGGUCACCAUACCAACGGAGAACCCGAAGUUACUGAAGACCCUCAAAAUGUCGAGUUAGAUGAAAACAUUCCAUACCCAACACAUCUAUUAUCUUGUUCCUUGGACAAUACUAUUAAGUUAUGGAAUAUCAAGACAGGCCAAUGUAUUAGAACUCAUUUUGGUCAUGUGGAAGGUGUAUGGGAUAUUGCAGCUGACAAUUUUAGAAUUAUUAGUGGUUCUCAUGAUGGUUCCAUAAAGAUUUGGGAUUUACAAAGUGGGAAAUGUAUGCAUACUUUCCAAGGUAGAAGACUAGAGAAAGAUACGGUACCAACUACUAUUAACAAUAACAACAACAGUAAUGAUAAUGAUAAUAAUGAAGAGACUAGUAAUGACCAAUCAAGUAACAAGAUAUCUCCAAUAACAUGUGUUGCUAUAGGUGAUUCUGAAUUCUUCUGUGGUGAUGAAAUGGGAUGUUGUCGAAUGUUCAAUUUUGAGAGUGGAACAGAUGACGGCAAUGUUGAUGAUUAA